AGAUUAAUAAUUAUAUAUUUAGAUUAUAUUCAUACACGACAAAUAUAAGUUGAAAAAUAGACCGUAUGUUUUUAAAGACAAAUGUGAAUUAUUAUUCAACUCACCUUUUUUUAGAAGAUUUGAAUAUAGAUAAACAAAGGGCACUUAAAAGAUCUAACCAUUUCCAACUUCCUAAACCUCAUCUUCUCGGGUCAUGGCAACUAAUAACAGCUCCCCAAACACUUCCUCCUCUACUUGUCCAUUGUUUGAUGAUCUUCCUCGAGAAACAUGGAGAGGAAUAAACGAUCUCUACAUGUGGGAAGGCUUCUGGUACAGGCUUCCUCACCUUGUGGCCGCCAUUGCAGCACAAUCAAGCUUCAAACCUCGUGACGACGACAUCGUACUUGCUUCCUCCAUGAAGACUGGCACCACAUGGCUCAAAGCUCUCAUCCCUACCAUCAUGAACCCAAGUGCUCGUUUGGCUGGCCAUGAAGAUGAUGACAAUUACGACCCUCUGAUCAAAAACCAUCCCAAUGAGCUCAUCCCAUCUCUGGAAAUGCAAAUAUUUGCAGAGAAAUCUACUUAUCAUCUCUCAGCCAUGCCCUCCCCGCGGCUCUUUCGAACCCACUUGCCAUACAAGAUGCUUCCGGUGUCCCUCCGGAGCUCAGGUUGCAAGAUGGUGUACAUCACUCGAAAUCCAAAGGACGCCUUUGUAUCCCUAUGGCACUUCAUAAACUCAGCCAGGACGAGCGAGCAACACCCGUUCCCCCUGGCUGAGACCUUCAACAAGUUUUGCAAUGGGGUUCAUGUUUGUGGCCCGUUCCACGACCACGUUCUCGAGUACUGGAAAGAAAGCUUGAAAAGGCCUGACAAAAUUCUCUUCAUGAAAUAUGAGGAGAUGAAGAGGGAUCCGAGUGGGGAGGUGAAGAAGCUGGCUGCUUUUCUGGGAAGGCCUUUCGGGGAAGAAGAAGAAGAAGUUGAUAAGGUGCUGUGGAGGUGUAGCCUUGAGAGGAUGAAAAGCUUGGAGGUUAAUCAAAAUGGGGUUGAGCCUUGGGUUGGGAUUCCCAAAAGUGCUUAUUUUAGGGUUGGGGUUGUUGGGGAUUGGAAGAACAAUUUGACAUUGGAGAUGAAAGAGCGUCUUGAUGGAAUUACAAGCUCAAAGCUGGCAGGGUCUGGGCUGGAUCUCUAAAUUUAAUCAUCUUAUCACAUAUGGAGUAAUAUGAGUGAAACUGUGUUUUCAACAAGUGCUUUUUUUUAGCUAAAAAGCCAAGUGCCAUGAGAGGUUUUAAUAAUAAACAAUAAAACCUACUACUGAUUCUUCUAUGCGAUGUUCUCAAUUUAUAUUUUAAUUAUAAUGUCUUUUAAUAUAAUGAAACUUAAUGAAUUA